AUGGCGCACCGGGGGCCCCCGCGCGCCCCCAAGGGCCCCGGCACCGCCGCGCGAGCCCCGAACCCCGGGGCGCCGCUGCCGCCGCGCUGGCGGCCGCUCCCGCUCCCGCUGCUGCUGCUGGUGCUGCUGGUGCUGGCCGCCUGCGGGGCGGCGGGGCGCUCCCCUGAGCCCGGGCUCCUGGGUCCGCGCGCGCGGGUGCUCCGGGUGGCGCGGAGCCCGCACUCGGGGCGCGCGGAGCCCGGCGGCGGCGAGGACCGGAGGGCGCGCGGCACGGAGCCCGGCACCCCGGGGCUCGGUCCGGAUCCCGCCCCGGGUCCUGCUGAGGACGGCGCGCCAGGCGCGGGCCGGGGCCGCUGGGCGCGGGCGGCGCCGGCGGCCGGAGCAGCUUCACGGGCGCAGGUCUCGCUCAUCAGCACGUCGUUCGUGCUCAAAGGAGACGCGACGCACAACCAGGCGAUGGUGCACUGGGCCGGCGAGGACAGCAGCGUGAUCUUGAUUCUGACGAAGUACUACCACGCAGACAUGGGGAAGGUUCUGGAAAGUUCUCUGUGGCGGUCAUCGGACUUCGGGACGACCUACACCAAGCUCACCCUCCAGCCUGGUGUCACCACCAUUAUCGACAACUUCUACAUCUGCCCAACCAACAAGAGGAAGAUCAUUCUGGCAAGUUCCUCACUCAGUGACCGGGAGCAGAGCCUGUUUGUGAGCACGGACGAGGGGGCCAGCUUCCAGAAGCAGCAGGUUCCCUUCGCCGUGGAGACGCUCAUCUUCCACCCCAAAGAGGAGGACAAGGUCCUGGCCUACACCAGGGACGGCAAGCUUCUAGUGUCAUGGGACCUGGGGAAGAAGUGGACGCUUCUGCGGGAACGAGUGACAAAGGACCACGUGUUCUGGGCUGUGUCUGGAGUGGAUGCUGACCUGGACCUGGUGCACAUGGAAGCCCAGGACCCGAGUGGAAGUGUCUGGUACGUCGCCUGCCACAUCCACAACUGCUCGGAGCAGAUGCCGCCGGCCGCCGGCCCCCUGGGGCGAGGCUCUCUGACCGUGCAGGAUGCCUACAUCUUCUUCAAGGCAACCGCCACAAACAGGACCAAGUACUACGUCUCCCACCGCCGCGACGCAUUUGUCCUCAUGAAGCUGCCCAAGUAUGCUCUGCCCAAGGACCUGCAGAUCAUCAGCACGGAUGAGAGCCAGGUGUUCGUGGCGGUGCAGGAGUGGUACCAGACAGACACCUACAACCUGUACCAGUCAGACCCCCGCGGCGUGCACUACGUGCUGGUGCUGGAGGACGUGCGCAGCUCGCGGCAGGCCGAGGACAGCGUGCUGGUGGACAUCCUGGAGGUCAGGGGGGUGAAGGGAGUCUUCCUGGCAAACCAGAACAUCGGUGGGAAGGUGAGGACAGUCAUCACGUACAACAAGGGCCGUGACUGGCACCUCCUGCCGCCGCCCAGCACCGACCUGAACGGGCGGCCCACGCACUGCGAGCCCCCCGACUGCCACCUGCACCUGCACCUGCGCUGGGCAGACAACCCCUAUGUGUCCGGCACUGUGCACACCAAGGACACCGCCCCUGGCCUCAUCAUGGGCGCAGGGAACCUGGGCUCCCAGCUGGUGGAGUACAAGGAGGAGAUGUACAUCACGGCGGACUGCGGGCACUCCUGGCGCCAGGUGUUCGAGGAGGAGCACCACAUCCUGUACCUGGACCACGGUGGAGUGAUCGUGGCAGUCAAGGACACCUCCAUCCCCCUGAAGAUCCUCAAGUUCAGCGUGGACGAGGGCCUCACCUGGAGCACACACAACUUCACCAGCACCUCCGUGUUCGUGGACGGACUGCUGAGCGAGCCGGGCGAUGAGACACUUGUGAUGACGGUCUUCGGCCACAUCAGCUUCCGCUCUGAUUGGGAGCUGGUCAAGGUGGACUUCCGGCCGUCCUUCCCCAGGCCGUGUGGCCAGGAUGACUACAGCGCCUGGGACCUCACCAACCUCCAGGGUGACCGCUGCAUCCUGGGCCAGCAGCGGAGUUUCCGGAAGCGGAAGUCCGGGGCCUGGUGCAUGCAGGGCCAGAGCUACACAUCAGCACUGACGUCACGUGUGUGUGCCUGUCGCGCCUCAGACUUCCUGUGUGAUUACGGGUUUGCCCGCGUGCCCUCCACACAGCCCAACGCCAGCAGGUGCUCUGCCAACUUCUGGUUCAACCCCUUGUCCCCACCCGAGGACUGUACCCUGGGUCAGACCUACACUAGCAGCCUAGGGUACCGGAAGGUGGUGUCCAACAUGUGUGAGGGUGGCGUGGACCUGCAGCAGAGCCCUGUACAGCUGCAAUGCCCGCUCACGCCGCCCCGGGGCCUGCAGGUGAGCCUGCGUGGCGAGGCCGUGGCUGUGCGGCCGGGGGUGGACGUGUUCUUCGUGGUUCAGCAGGAGCAGGGCGACGCCCUCACCACCAAGUACCAGGUGGAUCUGGGCGACGGCUUCAAGGCCAUGUACGUGAAUCUGACGCUGACUGGGGAGCCCGUCCGGCACCGCUACGAGAGCCCGGGGAUCUACCGCGUGUCCGUCAGGGCCGAGAACUCAGCUGGGCAGGAUGAGGCCGUGCUGUUUGUGCAGGUCACCACCCCCCUGCAGGCCCUCUCCCUCGAGGUGGUCCCCGCGAUUGGCGUCCAUGAGGAGGUGACCCUGACGGCCGUGCUGCUGCCCCUGAACCCCAACCUCACCGUCUUCUACUGGUGGAUUGGCCACAGCCUGCAGCCCCUCCUCUCCCUGGACAACUCGGUGACCACCCAGUUCGCAGCCCCUGGGGACGUGCGUGUGACGGUGCAAGCUGCCUGCGGGGGCUCCGUGCUACAGGCUUCCAGGGUCAUCCGCGUGCUGGACCAGUUCCAGCGCGUGCCCCUGCAGUUUUCCAAGGACCUGGAUGCCUACAACCCCAACACACCUGAGUGGAGGGAGGACAUUGGCCUGGUGGUCGCCCGGCUGCUGGCUAAGGAGACGGGUAUCCCCCAGGAGCUGCUGGUGGCAGUGGUGAAGCCGGGGCUGCCCACCCUGGCCGACCUCUACGUGCUUCUGCCCCCGGCCCGGCCCACGAGGAAGAGAAGCCUUACUGGGGACAAGCGCCUGGCUGCCCUGCAGCAGGUGGUGGCGGCUCAGAAGAUCAGCUUCCUGCUGCGUGCCGGGCUGCGCAUCCUUGUGGCCCUGAGGGACACGGACGCAGGUGCACAGAGGCUGGGUGGCGGCGGUGGCUACUGGGCCGCCGUGGUUCUGUUCGUGGCUGGGCUGUUUGCGGCGGCUGCCUUCGUCCUCUACAAGUUCAAAAGGAAACGGCCGGGCCGGACCGUGUACGCCCAGAUGCACAACGAGAAGGAACAGGAGAUGACGAGCCCCGUGAGCCACGGCGAGGACGUCCACGGCGCUGGCCAGGGCAGCCACUCAGGGGUGGUCCUGAGCAUCAACCCCCACGAGCGGCGCAGCUACCUGGUGAGUUGAGGGUGCCUUCCAAGCCCCGCCACCAGCCAGCCCCCCACAAGACGGCCGGCGGGACCUGCAACAAGGCUGCCGUCACCCCUGGACAGACUC